AACAGAUUGACAGGACUGUGAGUUACAGUUAUUAUUAUAAACCUUAACAUAGUGAGAAUUCUUUUUUUGUUACUACCAAUUAAUUAAGGUAAUUUUUUAAAGAAUCCCAACAAAACUGUUUGGAAAGAAGAACAGCUGGAAUUUUUAUAAUGAAAUUGGUACUAGAAUAACUAUAAGAACAUCCUCACUCUCACCAAACAUACCCCCUCUUUAGCCUUUUCCCCCUUUCUCUCUCCUCUCUCUUUUUUCGGCUUUCUUUCUCUCUCUUUCUUUUCCCAUUUUUUUCCUUCCAAAAUGGACCCCCCACCACUUUCCACUGCCCCGCCUAUUCCCACCACCGCAGCGCCGCCGCAGACCACCGCCGCCGCAACCCCGGCGACCACUCAAAACCACGUCAACAGCUACCCUGAUUCCGUCGAGUCUUCUCCACGGUCUCGCAACACCGAUUCCUGGGAUGAGCCCCCGUACGGCCCCACCACGACGGCGGCGCAUCCCGCAACCACUGCCAAACUCCGUCUCAUGUGUAGCUACGGCGGUCACAUAGUCCCCCGUCCUCAUGAUAAGUCGCUCUGUUACGUCGGUGGGGACACGCGGAUCGUCGUCGCUGAUCGGAACACGAACCUCUCCGACUUCCUUCUCCGGCUCUCGAAAACCGUCCUCGCCGGGAAAUCGUUCUCUCUGAAAUACCAGCUGCCGAAUGAAGACCUUGAUUCCCUCAUCACCGUCACUACCGAUGAGGAUUUCGAGAACAUGGUGGAGGAGUACGACCGGCUUCACAAAAACCCUUGUUCGAAGAAUUCGCGCCUCCGGCUGUUUCUGUUCUCGACGAAAUCGGAAUUGGAAACAUCGUCUUCCAUUGAAUCCCUCCUGGAGCACAGUUCGAAAUCGAGCGAAUGGUUCUUCAAUGCCCUAAAUGCUACCACGCCGUCGUGUAAAAACCGUGCAUUUUCGGAGACUUCAUCGGUGAAUUGUUUAUUGGGGCUGGAUGAUGCGAUGGAAAAUCAAAAUCCAGCUGUAAAAGAUGUGGACGCACAGCUGGACAGUAUUACUAAAAGAGAUGGUAGUGGUGGUGGGAUUCCCGGGAAAGUAAAUAAUAAUUUAAGCACCAAUUAUAAUAAUAAUGGUAAUCUCGCCCAGGACGUCCAUUCUGUGCCGGAUUCUCCUAUGCUUGAAACCUCGUCGUCUUUUGGGUCUACUUCGUCAUCGCCGUCGACGACGGCCAACUUGCCACCCAUUAAGGUUGGUUCUGAUGAGGGCAGCAAUCACCAGAAAGGCGUGGCUGGGUUGGGAAUUGAGGAGCAGUUUGCGCAGGUUACUAGUGUUUCGAAGCCGGAGGAUGGGGGUUUUACGCAAGGGAUGGCUUCUCCGCCGGCACCGGUGUCUGUUCCGGUGGCAGCGUUUUCAGGAUUGCCGGUUGUGGUUGGUGGGGAGUAUCAAAUUCCCUACCGGAAUUUUCCAAAUGAUGAAAGAUCGGAGCUCGGAGUUGGGUUCAAAAUGGGAGCUCAGGUGCAACCAUUACAGCAGCAGCAGCAAGUACAACAGUUUCAGCAACAGCCGCAGCAGCAGUUGCAUUCUGCUCAGUUGCAACAAAGUAAACCAACUGGUGCCUUCGAUUUGCCUUCACCAGAUUCCGUUUCAAGUGACGGUAGUGUGACAAAUCCAUUAUCCCGGCAAAAACCGAUGAUGUAUCAUGAAGCUGUUGUACAAGUGCAAUCUGUCAAUGGCAGAGUUGCAGCUAAUCAAAUUGAUCCUAAAACAACUGAAUUGAACAAUAGGGUUCAGGUUCCCCAGCAAGUUCAGGAGUCUGGUUACGCGUUGCCCAGUCAAUUUGAUCAAUAUCAACAAGUGCAAUAUGUUCCUGCUGGCGCUCAAUAUAUGCAUCAUCACCCUCCUGGUGCAAUGCCUAUGUAUUACCCCAUGUACCCUCCUCAACAGGUAGGCCAUCACCCUCCCUCCAUGGAGCAUCAGUAUCCUGUUUACCUUGUGCCGGCAAGACAAGCACAAGGUUAUAACAUUCCUAUGCAGCAGCCAAGUUUCAGCGAAUCUACACCUAUUGCCCCUUCCAGCAGGCCCCAAACCUCUCCCUCUGCCGCAUUGGUGCCUCCUACUGCUUUUACGCCUGCGACAAAUGCUACAGCUGCUGCUGUUAAACCUGAACUGCCGGCAGCCAUGUACAGAACAUCAGCUGCAGGACAGCCACAUUUGGUGCACGUACCUUCCAGCCAGUCACCGCAAUAUGCUGGCUUUUCUCAAAUUCACCAUCCAUCGCAGUCCAUUGCUCCAUCUUCAGCCACUACUACCACUGCUAGUUAUGCUUAUGAAUAUGCUGAUCCAACGCAUGCACAGAUCUAUUAUACUCAGCCAAUGCCUCCGCACAUGGCUACUCAAUAUCAGACAAUGACGUCUGCUCCUCCUUUGAAGUCAUCCGAUACCUCAACACAGAUUCCAUCAGAGAACAUGAAGCAGCAAGUUCGAACGUCUCAGCCCUGACAACUGAAGUUGGCCAUGGAGGAACAAUUUUGCAUGAGGUGAAAGCAUUGUUUACAAAUGUAAUUGUUAUUUUUUUGGGCUUGUGAUAUUAUUAAUUAGUAUUCUUUCGGUAUGUAUCUUCUUAAUGAGACUGAUCUGAUUUCAUUGUAAAAUCUCAAAAAAUGCCUAUGUAUAAUUAGCUGAAGAAUAAGUGUGUAUAUUGGAGAAGAUUUUUCUGGGGUUUUCUAUUUUUCAGUCUACAAAGCAUUAUAGUCUUUUGAUAGGUUAUUGUUGCUCAUUUGAAAAGGAAAAAAAGCUAAUCUGCAGCCUGAUAUAAGAUGCUUUUCAAAUGUUCCUUAUUAAACUUGCAAAGGCAAUGGCUAUGCUUUACUCUUGCCUGAUUCUUA